GAGGAGAAACCCCCAAGCCCCAGAUUAGGUCUCUUUUCUUUCUCUUAGCUUUUUACUCAGGGCAGAAAUAAUCUCCCUAGUAACAUUCUCUUUUCGGGGUAUCACUGGCACUUUACAGGGGUCAGUGGAACCGCAGGAGUCCGCUCUUUGAAAGAUGCUGAGGGAGGGAAUUCUGCCGCCAGCAGAUGGAGAAGAGACCCGGACCAGCGUGGUCCCUCCCAGCCACCCUCCCCUCGGGGUUAGCUGUCCCCAGCACUGCUCAGGCGUGCCCAGCCCGUGUGGUCCCCGUUUGCACAGCUUCCUCGCCUCUCCGGAGCGCGGACGCGACCCCGAGCCCGCCGCCAGCCGAGCCGCGCUGUCCCGGGCGUCCCCACGCCCCGCGCCCCUGGACCUGGGACCUCGAACCUGGGACGCGCGCGCACGACAGCCACGCGGAACACCCGCAUUUCCGGAGCGCGGUGACUGUCCUUGAGCGCGGAGGGGCGAGCUCGCCGCCGGAGCGCCAGAGCAAGAGGAGGCGCCGGAGCGGCGGCGGCGGCGGCGGCGCGCGAGCACCCGAGGGGGUCCGAGCCCCGGCAGCCGGUCAGCCCCGCGCCACAAAGGGAGCGCCCCCGCCGCCCGGCACGCCGCCUCCCUCCCCAAUGUCCUCGGCCAUCGAGAGGAAGAGCCUGGACCCGUCUGAGGAACCAGUGGAUGAGGUGCUACAGAUCCCUCCAUCCCUGCUGACAUGUGGUGGUUGCCAGCAGAACAUCGGGGACCGCUACUUCCUGAAGGCCAUCGAUCAGUACUGGCACGAGGACUGUCUCAGCUGCGACCUGUGUGGGUGCCGGCUGGGCGAGGUGGGCCGGCGCCUCUACUACAAGCUGGGCAGGAAGCUCUGCCGGAGGGACUACCUCAGGCUUUUUGGCCAGGAUGGUCUCUGUGCAUCCUGUGACAAGCGGAUCCGUGCCUACGAGAUGACCAUGCGGGUGAAAGACAAGGUGUACCACCUGGAGUGUUUCAAAUGUGCCGCCUGUCAGAAGCAUUUCUGCGUGGGUGACAGAUACCUCCUCAUCAACUCUGACAUAGUGUGUGAACAGGACAUCUACGAGUGGACUAAGAUCAACGGGAUGAUAUAGGCCGGAGUCCCCGCGACGGUGUUGGCGGAGGACACUGCCUGGGCGGCAUCUUCACUCUUAGGCACUCUGGGGAUUCGAGGGUGGGGUGAGGCAUUUCUUAGGCAAUGAUGGAAACGUACUGGGAACUAAGACAUAGUCUCCAAGGGAAGUAAUGCAAGGGCCACGACGUCAGUGUGACAGAAGGACCAGCCCUCUUAGAACUUAGGGUCACCUCCUAUCCAUAGCACCUGACAUGAUUAGUGGAAGGAAGGCAUGUGUGGGACAGGCAGGCACCAUGCCGUAGCGAUGGGACCUCCCGUCCACCAGGGGGAGCUGUCCUGCUCAGACCCCUUGUGGGAAUUUCGAUGCUUGUAAACUAGGGAUGUGCAGAUGAUUUCCUCCUGGCUUCUGUAGCAGCCCUCUUCCAGUCACUGUCCUUACAGAGGGCAAAGGACAGGCGGGAGAGUGGCCCACCUUUUUUUCUUGGCCACCUUCCCGAGGCCUUAAGCUUGAGGCCAAAAGGGAACCGCAUGGGGGCACAUUUCCAUGGGGGACGAAAACCUCCCCGCUUAACCAAACUGUUAUUUAAUGCCGUGCUGAGGAAUCAUUGUUUUUAGACAUGUUGGUUUUGAGGCAAGGAGUUCCAGAUCGUUUCUAUACAAAUGUAAAUCUAAGAAAUCAAAGUUGCUCAACUAUUUUAUUAUCUUAGAUUAUAUUGAAGUAUUUGUUGUGUGUAGUGAAAAAAAAGAAAAGAAAAACACCUCUGCAGACUUAAUAAAAAUAACUGACUAAAA